AAUCGAUAGGUUCGAAAUGUAAACAAACAGAAACAGAAGCGCAAAAAUUAUAUUGAGUAUGGCAAAAAAUGUAAAGAAAUUAACGUUGGCCAACAAACUGGCAAAACGGGGAGAUAUUAUAAAGCCCACGGAAAUAAUAAUCCGUCAAAAUCGAGCAGAUAACGUGAGGGAUAUCGAGGAUCUAGUUGGCGUAUCUUCACGCGCAGCAGGAUCGAUUAACUCAGUGUACUUCUCGCCCGUCCAAACUCGCAAGCAACGUCUUUUAAAUGGGGAAUCCAUAAGAAAAACUACUAUGAAAGUGGAACCCUUAUCUCCAGCUCGGGUUGUACCCAAAAAAAAUAAAAAGGAUGAUCAGAUGGUAACCAGAGUUCAAAUGGGAUCGGCUACUGUGGUUAAAUGCAAAGAGUUGCCUGAUGCUGUGGACUCCCCAGUGACAGUCAAUAACGUGAAAAUGGAAGUAAAACCCCAAAGAAAGCAGGAGGAGAAUACACAGGAAGCUCAAAGAGAUUCCGAUUCCUAUUCUGAGGUGCAAGCACCACAUCCUUUGUGGAUUAACCACUUAGAAAACAUUCGCAUUAUGAGAAACUCAAGAAGUGCUCCAGUGGACACCAUGGGAUGCCAUCGAUGCGCCGAUUUAAAAGCAGAUCCGAAGACCCAGCGCUUUCAAAACCUAGUUGCAUUGAUGCUAUCCAGUCAAACCAAGGAUCAAACUACUUAUGAAGCCAUGAAUCGUCUUAAAGACCGAAGUCUUACUCCACUGAAAGUGAAGGAAAUGCCAGUGACAGAACUCGAGAACUUACUGCAUCCCGUGUCCUUUUAUAAGAACAAAGCCAAAUACCUCAAGCUAACCGUGGAGAUACUGAUAGACAAGUAUGAUUCGGACAUUCCAAAUAAUGUCAAGGAACUUGUAGCUCUUCCAGGAGUUGGCCCCAAGAUGGCUCAUAUAUGCAUGGCAGUGGCCUGGAAUAAAAUCACCGGAAUCGGAGUGGAUGUCCAUGUCCACCGCCUAUCUAACAGGCUGGGUUGGGUGCCGAAGCCCACUAAGGAACCAGAGCAAACCCGGGUGGCGUUAGAGAAGUGGCUGCCAUUUAGUCUCUGGUCAGAGGUUAAUCAUUUAUUCGUGGGCUUUGGACAAACCAUUUGCACCCCAGUGAAGCCAAAUUGUGUGGAAUGCUUAAACAAGGACAUAUGUCCCUCAGCACAUUUUAAAAUAAAAAAAUAAAUUAAGAAAUAUCAAUAGAAAAAAGAGCAUUUCAAAAACAGAAAAAUGUUUUAAAUAUUUAAGCGUUUCUGAAAUUGCCUGUGCUAAGAAAUAAUCUGUGUUACCCAUUUCAAAAUAAAUAAGUUAUAAAGGGCUGUAAGUCCACAGAA